AUGGAUUCCCCAAGGCUUUGGCUUGCCCUCAUAGGGCUGGUAAGCUACGUCCUCACAAAGAUCUUUUCUCGCCUGUACUUUCACCCCCUGAGCAAGAUACCGGGUCCAAAGCUAGCAGCAGCUACCCAUCUAUACGAAUGGUACUACGAUAUAAUCCUGGUAGGAAAGUAUCUCCUCGAGAUUGAGAGAAUGCACGAGAAAUACGGCCCAAUCGUGCGCAUCAACCCGCGCGAAGUCCACAUCAGCGACCCAGAUUUCUACGACGAGAUCUACGCAUCCAGCGCGCACAAGCGCAACAAGGACAAAGAGACAGUCGAGUUCGCAGGCGUGCCCCUCUCCACCCUCGCAACAGUGGACCACGACCACCACCGGUUCCGUCGCGGACUACUGAGCAACUUCUUCUCGAAGAGAUCGAUCCGCGAGCUGUCCCGCUUGGUCGAGGAGAAGGUGUUCAAGCUCCUCGGGCGGUUUGAAGAGUUCCACCAGCAGCAGAAAGUAGUUCGGGUCGAUGAUGGGUUUUCUGCGCUGACGUCCGAUAUCAUUACGCAUUACUGCUACGGGACGAGCUGGGGGUACCUCGAUGACGAGGACAUGCGCUCGGACGUGCGGCAGGUGGCUAAUGAUAUCACCCGUCUGGUACAUGUUAAUCGAGCGUUUCCGAGUCUUGCGAACAUGGCGCGGAAGCUGCCGCUUUGGGUCUUGUAUUUGAUUCAGCCUGGGAGGUCGGCGGUUUUGGAUUUGCAGACGGUAAUAUAUGAGCAGUCGAAGCAGACGCUGCAUGGCGAAAAGUAUGAUAUCGGACAUAGUGAUGCAAAUGGCAAGCAUACAACUAUCUACGACCAGCUGAAUGAUCCGAGGAUUCCGGCAGAGGAACGCACUCUCCAGCGUUUGCAGGAUGAGGGGCUCCUGCUACUCGCUGCGGGCACGGAGACGACGGCGAGAGGAUUGGCGGUCGCCUGCUUUCAUAUCGCAUCGGAUGACCGGGUGCGUGCUCGACUGCGCGACGAGCUGAGGGCCGUUCUGCCUAAACCUGAUAGUCACGUUACCUGGGCGGAGUUGGAGAGGCUGCCCUACUUGACUAAUAACCCUCCACAGACAGGAACCGUCAACGAAGCACUCCGCCUAGGCGCUUUCGUUACACUCAGAUCGCCUCGCAUAGCGCCAAAUGAAACCUUAGUCUACAAAGACUACGCCAUCCCCCCCGGCGUAAGCAAUACCGCCUCUUCUAUCUCUCGAUUAAGCUCCUCCAGCUACUUCGGGCACAAAAACCCAACCAUCUUCCCCGAACCGGAGAAAUUCUCCCCAGAACGAUGGAUCCUCCCCGAGCAAACCCACAAACACCUUUCCAAGUACCUCACCUCUUUCUCCCACGGCAGCAGGAUGUGUCUAGGCCUGCAUCUCGCAUACCUCGAACUAUACCUGACUAUUGCGUACUUUGUGCGGAGGUUUGAUCUUGAGUUGAUCGAUACGACGGCGGAGGAUAUGAAGAUUGUACAGGAUAUGGGGUUAGGGUAUACGCGUCGGGGAGAGCUGAGUGUUUUCGCUAAGAUUGUGAGGAUUUAUACAGACUAG